AAGAAGCAGGAAGGUUUCCUCUUCUAACUUGGGAGGAAAACAGCUGGAUUUAAGAUACUGUAGCCCAGAAAUAAAGAAGCAGAUUACUAGUACCAUCUCUAUGCUGAAAACCACGGUGUAAUAAAAAUCCAAACUUACACUUGAGUUGCCAGGGCCACAUGUUACAUGUGCACCCACCCACAGUGAUUUUACAAGAAUUUUGCUUUCACAUGGAUGUGACAUAAAUGCUGAAAGACAUUCUUUGGUGAUGUCACAAGAUCAUGCUUUGUUUCUUAACAUGAAUGAAUAUACAGAUGUGUCUUUGUGUAAAUCUGGAUAGGGAUAGUGUGUCUGCAGUUUAAAAGGUGCCAGUUAAGGAGUAUGUUCAACAGGUUUUCUGUAUCAUGCUGAAUUUCACUUACUCUGUAAGAAAGCUACCAGUACCAGCACAAUAUUAACCUUGAUUACUUCAAAUUUGGGGGGUGGUUGUUGCUUGCUGGUUGUUCUGACCAUGCAUAAGCCUCGUGGUAGAAAAUAGUCAUGCUUCUGAACUAUAGCUGAGUGAUUAUUUAUGAAGACCUUGAAGCAUGCCAGAGAGCAGAAGCAGGUGAUGAAGCUGGGAGCCCAAGAGGUUUACUCCUCAGCUUUUUGGAGUCAAAGUAUCAGCAGUAGAGGUCAACACACCAGAGGAGAUAUUUGUGGAGAAUGGGACAGACGCAAAGCUUCCAUGCACAUUUACAUCUGUGGAAGUGAUCAGCAGCGCAGCAUCUGUUUCUUGGAGUUUUCAACCAGAGGGAGCUGCAACUCGUUACAGUUUUUCUAUUACUUUAAUGGAAAGCCAUACCCUGGAAAGGACAUACCAUUUAAAGACAGGAUCACUUGGGCUGGAGAUCUUAACAAGAAAGAUGCUUCUAUCAGUAUAUCAAACAUGCAGUUCCGGGACAACGGCACUUACAUUUGCGAUGUCAAGAACCCACCUGACAUUGUUGUCAAACCAGGAGAAAUCCGAGUUAGAGUUGUGGAGAAAGACAGCCUGCCUGCGUUCCCCAUUGCCAUGGUGGCAGGGAUAGUCAUCGGUACGGUUACAGGUCUCUCACCGCUCAUCUCUAUUGUCGUGUGUCUUGUCAUCAGAAAGAACAACUCUAAAAAACGAUACUCUGGCUGCAGUACAUCUGAGAGCUUGAUGUCACCGGUUAAGCAGGCUCCGCAGAAGUCGCCCUCCGACACAGAGGGUCUGGUAAACAGCGUGCCCGCCAGAUCACACCAGGGCCCAGUCAUUUACGCGCAGUUAGAUCAUUCUGGAGGACAGCACAGCGACAAGAUUAACAAGUCAGAGUCUGUGGUCUAUGCUGAUAUUCGGAAGAACUGAGACGAAAUCCUAAGCUAUCCAAAGGAAAACACACAUUCAGACUGGAAUUGCUUGAACAAGAUUUGACCCAGAGAACUCACAUGUGGCCUUUGAUGCCUAGGCUAGGACCAAUGCAUGUGCAUACAGAGGGAAAGAUAUAUAUGUAUUGUGUGUAAAUAGUCUAUUUAAUCGUACAGAAGUGAGACCAAUGUUGCAUGUUGAAAUGCGGUGAGAAUUCUGCUUAUAAAUUGCCAAUAUUCUUUUUAGUAUCUUGUGUGACGAGAGGGAAAGUGAAAACUCGCAUCACAAUUUUAAAAUAUUUUUAUCUUGACUAUUAAUGGAGAAACUGGAAGAUACCUGAAGAUUCUAGACUGACACGGAGAUUCUUUUUUUGCUUAUAGGGCAUAAUUUCUUUUGUUGAGGUGAAUAUAAAGAAGAUACCUUCUUUAUAUUCACAGAGUUCUUCAUGUAUACAGGGUAUUCAUCUUUUCUUGGUCAGAUUCUCAGUGCAAGCUGCCUUCUCAUAUAAACUAGACACUCUCACGUGGUCUUGUAAGCCAGAUUGUGCUCCUAGCUAUCAGAUAUGUAUGUCUUAGCAGUGUAAGUGAACAAAAUAUUUAGACCUACCUGACCUGAGUAACACAGGUCACAGAACUGUUUACUUCUGUGUUUAAGCCCAUCUAUUCAAGCUUAGUCCUGUAAGGUACAGGGAUAGUGUUGAUCUAAUGAAUUUUGUGAAAUGGUAGUUUACCUGUGAAAACUAAAGAGCUAGUGAGUUAAAGGGAUGGGGAGCUAUAGCUAUAGGUGGUUGCCUCAGACUCUGUUGAACCUUUCAAUGAAAUGUUUCUUCCUUGAAGCUCCGUCAUUUCAUUUAAACAUGAAAAAGGGCUCCAAGGGAGCUUGAGACUCUAGUGCUCCCUCACCUCUCUCCCAUGGCUCCAUUAUGCCACUGUUACUUCCUUAGAGAUGCUUUAUCUGUUCUUAAAAAGCAUGUAGUGGUGGCUGAAUGACCUCUGGAGGAAAUCCAGGGCUUUACUCCUUGGGGUUUUUUGAUAUAUGGUUUUUCGUAUAACCUAUAUUUGCACAGAGGAUGUGGAGGGUAGUUUAUUUCCUUCCUCUCUGCAAGUCUACUACUUGAAUAUAAUUUCCCAGGUUCUCAUUUCUAGAUCAAACUCCUUAUAGUUUUGUUAAGGAUCUCUGAUUGUUCUCUCCUGCUGAAGAGGAUCUUUCUUUGGCUGUCCCAUUGGUAUCCUGAAAUCUGGUGCUCUAGACUAGAUGUGGCAUUCCAGUUGAGGUCUUCUCAGAGUAGCGUGCACUAGAAGGAUUUCUGUUUUGUACAUCCUAAUGUGGUGUUGGCUUUUUUGUAGCAGCAAAUAAUUUUCAGUUUGGUCUACUAUAACCCUUUCUCUCUGAUUCUUGCCCAUUUCCUAGUUCAGUCUGUUUCACAGAAUCAGUCACAGUAUGGCUGAGGUUGGAAGGGACCUCUAGAAAUCACCUGGUCCAAAGCACCCUCCUCAAGCAGGGUCAGCUAGAGUAGGUUGCCCAGCACUAUGUCCAGUUGGGUUUUGAAUAUCUCCACAGAUGGAAACUCUACCACAUCUCUAGGAAACCUGUUCCACUGUUUGAUCAGAGUGAUCAAACAGUAAAAAAAGUGCUUCCUUCUGUUCAGGUGGUAUUUCAUUUUCAUUUGGGUACCUUGAUAUGAGAGAGAUAUCAAGGUGCUAGAGCGAGUGCAGAGGAGGGCAACAAAGCUGGUGAAAGGCC